AUGGCCGGCGCCGAGGCCGCGGCAUCGGCGGCCGCCAGCGCCACCGUCGCGGACGACCCGCCGGCGUGCGACGACAGCGCCUGCUCCACGCCCUUCGUCAGCGCGCCGUCCAGCCCCACCCGUGACCGGGACCGGGACCCGUACCCGUCCCACUUCUUCUUCAGCGCGCCGACCAGCCCCACCCGCGGCGGCGGCGGCGGCAAGGACGCCAUCCCCGGCGUCCUCGACUUCGACUUCGACUUCUCCUCGCGCUUCCCGUCGCCCUCCGCCGCCGCCAUGUCCUCCGCCGACGAGCUCUUCCACAACGGCCAGAUCCGCCCCGUCCGCCUCGCCGCCGCGCUGCUGCAGCCGCACCCGGACCCGGCCUUGCUGCUGGACUUCCCCGACGCCGCCGCGGACGCGCGGCGCGCUGACGCCGAGCGGGUGGAGGAGGCAGCGGCCGACGAGCGCGGCCGCGUCCGGAGCCGCUCCCUGCGCCGGAAGGCGCGCUCGAUGUCCCCGUUCCGCACACACUGGCGUACCGCGCCUGCACAACCUGUGCCGGAGGCCGAGUCCGCCGACGAGGCGCAGCAUCCGGCGGCGGCGACCCCCGCGGCGUCGCGCUCGUCGUCGUCGUCGUCCACCGCCUCCUCUGCUUCCUCCACGUCGUCCUCGUCCUCCCGGGGAUCCCGCCGCUGGGGCGGGUUCCUCAAGGACCUGCUCCACCGCAGCAAGCCGGACGGCGGCAAGACCACCCACCACCUGCAGCAGCAUUCCCACCACGCUGAUGCUCCAGCUGCGCCAACCGCGGCGGCGAAGCCGAGCGCAUCGUCACCAUCUCCAUCUCCGUCACCCGCUAAGGGGAGGGGCGGGGCGCCGGGGCACCGCGGCGGCAGGAGGAGGUCCGCGCACGAGCGCCUGUACGAGGCGCGGCGCGCCGAGGCGGAGGAGAUGCGGCGCCGGACGUCGCUGCCGUACCGCCAGGGCCUGCUCCUCUUCGGCUGCAUCGGGCUCGGCAACCGCAGCUACGGCGCCGUGCACGGCCUCGCCAGGGGGCUCAACGCCACUGCCGCUGUCUCCAGGUCGUGA